UGCUGCCACAGGUUCCAGAAGCAUGUCCACACCUACCGCAUCCUUCCCGACGAGGAAGAUUUCCUGGCUGUGCAGACGUCGCAGGGGGUGCAGGUGCGGCGCUUCAAGACGCUGAGCGAGCUAAUCGCCCUGUACCUGCAGCCCAAUCAGGGGCUGGUCUGCACCCUGCUCUUCCCUGUCGAGAGGGAGAAAGAGAAGGACACCGUGGAGGACAGGGACUACUCAGAUGGAGAGGAUGAGAAGCCUCCACUGCCACCACGCUCUGGCUCCACUAGCUUCUCCAGUACCUCAGCCAGGCUCAGCCCCACUAGCCUGGGACCAGCCGUGCCGGAGGGGCCAGCAGAGAGCGCCAACGGGCUCAGCCGCAUCUCCCACGAGUACCUGAAGGGCAGCUACACCCUGGACCUGGAGGCAGUGAAGGGGGGGGCCAACAGCCUCCCACACCUCAACAAGACCCUUGUCACCUCCUGCAAACGGCUGCACAGUGAGGUGGACAAGGUGCUGGCAGGGCUGGAGAUCCUCUCCAAGGUGUUUGACCAGCAGAGCUCCCCCAUGGUUUCCAAGAUUCUGCAGCAGACAGCAGGGCAGAGCGGGGAACAGGAGCUGGAGAGCCUGGUGCUGAAGCUGUCUGUGCUGAAAGAUUUCCUCUCCUCCAUUGAGAAGAAGGCACUGAAGGCCCUGCAGGAGAUGAGCUCGGCUGCCCCCGUGGCCUCCUCCCAGCCCCUGUCCCGCAAGGCCAAGAGCAUCCCGGUGCAGACCUUUGAGGUGAAGCUGGAUAUCACACUGGGGGACCUGACCAAGAUUGGGAAGUCACAGAAGUACACACUGAGUGUGGACGUGGAGGGGGGGAAGCUGGUGGUGCUGAAGAAGCAGAAGGACUCCCAGGAGGACUGGAACACCUUCACCCAUGACAAGAUCCGGCAGCUGAUCAAGUCACAGCGGGUGCAGAACAAGCUGGGCAUCGUUUUUGAGAAGGAAAAGGAUAAAACACAACGGAAAGACUUCGUUUUCGUCAGUGCCCGGAAGCGUGAGGCUUUCUGCCAGCUCCUGCAGCUGAUGAAGAACAAGCAUUCCCACCAGGAUGAGCCUGACAUGAUCUCUAUCUUCAUUGGCACCUGGAAUAUGGGCAGCGUCCCCCCUCCUAAGAGCAUCACCUCAUGGUUCACAUCCAAGGGGUUGGGCAAGACCCUGGAUGAGGUGACGAUGGCCAUCCCCCAUGACAUCUACGUCUUCGGCACCCAGGAGAAUUCCCUGGGAGACAAGGAGUGGGUGGACUUCCUGCGCACCGUCCUCAAGGACUUCACGGAGGUCGAGUACCGGCCGGUGGCCAUGCAGUCCCUGUGGAACAUCAAGGUGGUGGUGCUGGUGAAGCCGGAGCACGAGAACCGCAUCAGCCACGUCAGCACCUCGAGCGUCAAGACAGGGAUCGCCAACACCCUGGGGAACAAGGGUGCUGUGGGUGUCUCCUUCAUGUUCAAUGGCACCUCCUUUGGCUUCGUCAACUGCCACCUCACCUCUGGCAAUGAGAAAACGGCACGGAGGAACCAGAAUUACCUGGACAUCCUGCGCCUACUCUCACUGGGGGACAAGCAACUGAGCUCCUUUGACAUCUCCCUUCGUUUCACCCACCUCUUCUGGUUUGGGGACCUCAAUUACCGCCUGGACAUGGACAUCCAGGAGAUCCUCAACUACAUCAGCCGCAAGGAGCUGGAGCCGCUGCUGAAGGUGGAUCAGCUCAACCUGGAGAAGGAGAAGCACAAGGUGUUCCUGCGCUUUGGUGAGGAGGAGAUCACCUUCCCCCCAACCUACCGCUACGAGCGGGGAUCCCGGGACACCUAUGUCUGGCACAAGCAGAAACCCACUGGGGUGCGUACCAACGUGCCAUCCUGGUGCGACCGCAUCCUCUGGAAGUCCUACCCUGAGACUCACGUCAACUGCAACGCUUAUGGAUGCACAGACGACAUUGUCACCAGUGACCACUCACCCGUCUUCGGCUCCUUCGAAGUGGGAGUGACAUCCCAGUUUGUCUCCAAAAAAGGGCUCUCCAAGUCCUCAGAGCAGGCGUACAUCGAGUUUGAGAGCAUCGAGGCCAUUGUGAAGACAUCCAGUCGCACCAAGUUCUUCAUAGAGUUCUAUUCUACCUGCCUGGAAGAAUUCAAGAAGAGCUUCGAGAAUGACAGCCAGAGCAGUGACAACAUCAACUUCCUCAAAGUGCAGUGGUCGUCCCGGCAGCUGCCGACGCUGAAGCCCAUCCUCUCUGAGAUUGAGUACCUGCAGGACCAGCACCUCCUGCUCACCGUCAAAUCCCUCGAUGGCUAUGAAUCCUACGGGGAGUGUGUCAUCGCCCUGAAGUCGAUGAUUGGCAGCACAGCGCAGCAGUUCCUCACCUACCUGUCCCACCGUGGUGAGGAGACCGGCAACAUCCGUGGCUCCAUGAAGGUCCGGGUGCCCACUGAGCGCCUGGGCACCCGUGAGAGGCUCUAUGAGUGGAUCAGCAUUGAUAAGGACGAGACAACAGCCGGCAAAGGGAAGGUGCCGCUGGGUGCCAGGACCACCCAGGACUAUGCCAAGUCUGUGGGGCGGAAGCCCACUGUCGCCGAGCCCCCCCCUGCCAACCCAGCGAAGUUCCUGGAGGAGCCCGAGAAGGGCAACACUGCAGCAGCCCUCCGGCCCCCUGCCCCACACCGUGGCACCCCCAGGGAUGAGGCUGCUCCAAACCGGUCCAAGGCAGAGGCAGUGCCAGAGAUGUCGGGGGCUCCCCUGAAGAACAGCUUCAACAAUCCCGCAUACUACGUCCUGGAAGGGGUCCCCCACCAGCUGCUGGCACCAGGGGACCCUGGCAAGCCCCCCAAGGCCAAAGUGCAGCUGGCAGUGCCAGAACGCCGCCGGCACCCUUCGGUGUGCCGCGGUGAUGAGAGUGACGAGGAGGAGGAUCUCAGCACCGUUAACCUGCCGCCACCAGAUUUCCCCCCGCCACCACUACCACGGGAGAUGGAGCUCCCCACAAACCCCUUCUUUGGCACCCCCAAGGAGCUGCCAGUGCCCACCACGCGUGAGGACCCCAAAUCCCACCCCACUGCCUUUGGAGAGGCUCCCCUGCCCAAGCUGCACCCCCGGCCACCCCCAGCUCCUGGGGCUGGAUUUGGGAUGGAGGGGGCUUGUGGGACCCCCGUUACUGGCGGGCUGCCUGCAGUUGGGGGUCUGCCCACUACCGGGGGGCUGCCCAGUGCUGGGGGGCUGCUGGAUGACCGCUCCUGCUCGGUGCUGCAGAUGGCCAAGACGCUGAGUGAGGUGGACUACGGGGGUGGGAAGGGGAGGGUGGCCCCACCCCCACCGCUGCUGGCCAAAGGGGGGCUGCCCCCCCGCUGCCUGCCCCCCGACUAUGGCCGCCCCCUCGCCUUCCCACCCCACUCCAUCCAGGAGAGCAUCCAGGAGGACCUGGCUGAGGAGGUGCUGGGCCGUGGCGUGGGCACCAUGCCUGGCGUGGGCGAGUGGCUGCGAGCGCUGGGGCUGGAGCGGUACGAGGAGGGGUUGGUGCGCAAUGGCUGGGAUGACCUGGAGUUCCUCAGUGACAUCACAGAGGAGGACCUGGAGGAGGCUGGAGUGCUGGAGCCUGGCCACAAGCGUGUCCUCCUGGAGAGCCUCCAGCUCCGCAAGUAGCUGCACACCUGGCAUCCCGUGCAUCCCACAGCCCAGCAUCCUGUGGCUGCACAGCCUGCAUCCUGCGGCCCAGCACCCAAAAUCCUGCAGCAACCAAAUCCUGCAGCCAUUCAUCCCAGAUCUUGCAGUCGCGUGUCCUGUGGCCCAGCAUCCUGCAUCCCACAACCACGCAUCCCAGAUCCCAUGGGUGUGCGUUCUGCAUCCUGGAUCCUGUGGCUGAGCAUCCCAGAUCCUGCGACCAUGUAUCCCGGAUCCCAUGGCCAUGCAUCCCAGAUCUUGCAUCUGAGCAUCCCGCAUCCUGCAGCUGAGGAUCCCUCAUCCCAUGGUCACACAUCCUUCAUCCAUGCAUCCCACCAUCACCAGCAGCUAGUGGGAGCCCUGGGACCCGCACAGCCUGCCCCCCAUCUCGGGUGCUGGGUAAUGGGGUGGGGAGGGGGGGACAGGGCGGGUGGUGGGUUCUGGUCAGAUAAUUUCACAGGAGGGUCCCUAUGGGGACAUCCACACAUAUAAGUUAUUUCUUAUUUAUUGGAAGAAGGGCUGGAGGAAGGGCUGUUUGGGGGGAACUCUGGGGGCCCUGGCUCCCCCCACAGCUCCUCACAGCUAGGAGGAGAAGGAGGAGGAGGUGCUGAGCAAAGUCGUGUCUCAACCCAAGUGCCUUCAUGAUGCCCAGUCAGU